UCAGGCUUCGUGGCCCAUUGCGUUCAUUAGCUCAGGUUUAUUUUCUCGAUAACGUUGAACUGCAGAAGGUGAAACAUGUCGGGCUCGUUCGCCACCCUCGUGGUCGCGGCGCUGCUCGGCUCCGAGGCUUUGGGCAAAAGUGUAACGGGACUUUUCGGCAGCGAAGCGGCGAGGCAGCAGAAGGGCCAGUUCAUCACGAAAUUCAUGUACCAAGGUGAUAAUGGUCUGUUGGUGUGCCGGCUGGACAACUCCGCUCUGGCUAUGGCGAAGGGGUCCAAAUUGCAUCUGUAUCAGGACAUGGACUCUGACCUGGACAACCUCAGCUGUCCAGAGAGGCUCACCAAAGCUCAAUUCACCAUUCAUCUCAGUGAAGAAGAACACAACCAGUCGAUCCCCCGCCAGUCCUCUCCUACAAUCUGGCAGGCCUUGUACUCGGACCGGUACACGUGUCAGGAAAGCGCAGUGAUUCCUCAUCACGCCGAUCUCCGUGUUACUCUCCUGCUGUUCAACUCCGACUCGGCUGGAAAUCCUCUGGAGCACUUCAGCGCAGAGGAGGCAGGUCUCCACAGCUUCUACUUCCUCCUUCUGCUGGCCUACUUCAUCGCCUGCUGCAUCUACUUCCGGCCUCUGCACCAGGCUCUGAGGAAAGGAGGUCCCAUGCACACCGUCCUCAAAGUGCUGACCACGGCGCUGGCCUUGCAGGGCUGCUCCGCCCUCUGCAACUACAUCCACUUGGCCAGGUAUUCCAGAGAUGGGACUGGUAUUCCUUGGAUGGGCAGCCUGGCAGAGUUCUGGGACAUGGUGUCCCAGGUGUCCAUGCUGUACAUGAUGCUGAGCCUGUGUGUGGGCUGGACUCUGGGCCGCGGCAGGAAGCCUCAGUCCAGACCUCUGCAGUGGGAGCAGACUCGGGCUUCGACGGCGGUCGCCGUCGGCGGAGGCGUCAUACAGGCCGCGUUGCUGCUGUGGGAGCAGUACUCCGAAUCAGAGAGUCAGCAUCACAGCUACCACGCCCAGCAGAGUCUGCCCGGCCUCCUGCUCAUAGCCCUGAAAGUGGGCCUGGCGCUGCUGCUGGCCUCUGUGCUCUACCAGAUCGUCUCCACCGAGAGGAGCACCCUGAAGAGAGACUUCUACCUCUGCUUCGCCAAGGGAUGCUUCCUGUGGUUCCUUUGUCACCCCGUCCUCUUCCUCCUGUCGUCCGUCUUCAACGAGCACCAGAGGGAGAAGGUGGUGACUAUCGGCCUCACCCUCUGCCAGUCCAUCUCCAUGGUGAUCCUCUACCAGCUCUUCCUGUCCCGGUCCCUCUACUGGGAGGUCUCCUCUCUCUCCUCCGUGUCUCUGCCUCUCACCAUGUCCCAGACAAACCACAGGGGGCGCUACUGAGCGAGUCCACGAGGGAGAACGCCACUCCGAGGCCACACCCCCUGCUGUGUCAGGAUGUGUGUGGGGGGGGGGGGGGGCCUAUGAAGACGGAAGGUGAUGUAACGCUGCAGGGACUCGACUCCUUUGCUGUUAGUUUCCUGGAAGGAUAGUAAUGGCCGUUAACAAGGAACAACGACACGGGGUCACAAUAUGACCUGGGAACGAUAUUUACUGCAACACCUUACCUCUAGUUACCGGAGCGGACAUCACUGAGCAGGAGGGGAGACGUCUAACGCACCCCGGAGGAGGGGCAUCUGCACGACGUCAUAACAGUUAAAGAUCAAUUACAGACCAACAAAAGCAUGAUGAAGACACAUCGGCGCCGUCAAGAUCUCAGAACUGCAAAUGAGGAGAAUAUUGACUCGAGGUGGAGAAUGGGAGGCCACGAGAUGUGCUAACCCAUCAGACAGGUUUGUUGUGUUCAAGGGAACUCUUUGAUCAUCAGUAUUACUACAAAGGAAAACACGCAGCGCAGAGAGGCGUUGCACCGCUGCUCAGCUCUGGUGUCGUAUUUUAGAUUUAGAGUUGCUGAACGGACCUUUUGCAAAGCGUGGAUACCUGCGCUGACGUCACGUGAACCUUUUUUAAAUCGUAUAUCGCUGUCUGGAAACCGCAUGACUCGUUGUUCUUUUUAUGUUUCAUUUUCCACGCGGCCUGAGCCCGACGCCACGCGGGACCUUUUCAAAAUGACUCGGGCUCAUGCAUCGAAGACACUUUUUUGAUACGCCGGGAAAUCGAAAUCCCACUCGACAAAGUGACGUCUGACAUAUUUAUUCAUCGUGUAUUUAUUAUUAUUCUGCCUAGUGAAUAUUUGGUAAAGGAAACGUUGGUGUACAUUAAUAAGCCGAAACAUGGUGUGUCACUGGAUGUUUAGUUUCACUCUGACAAUCUUAUUCUCGUUAGAAGACAACAAAUGAUGUGAAGUCCAAACAUGUACUUAUCGGAUUUUUAUAUACACGUGUCCGGUCAUUCCUUUUUUUUGUUUUGUUUUAUGUGUUAACUCUUGAGUUUCAAUGUGUUCCAUGUAUUUAUUUUCUGUGCAACACAACCUGUGGAAAUAUGAGCUCUGUGCUCAUUACAACUGUAAUAAAAUAAAAGUUCAAGAAGCCUGUAGCUAUUCAGAAAUGCUUGUGUUGAACCCUAAAACUAUAUAAUAAAUCUACGGAGCUGCACAAGGAAACAUGCA